GUAUCUGGUAGGAAUUCUUAUUGCCUGCAAUUGUUAUGGAUAUGGUGAUCACAAAUCUACAACAACAACGUCAAAUUACAGAGCAGUUCCGUCGUGAAGCUGCUCUGAAACGGAUCACAGUGAGCAAAGCUGUGGAAGACAUAAUGAAGUAUAUUACCGAACAUGAGCAAGAAGAUUGUUUGCUGUUGGGUUUUUCAUCUCAAAAGUCUAAUCCCUUUCGAGAGAAAAGUUCAUGUACCAUUCUUUAAACUUGCCUGCUUGAAAUGAAAAAUUGUAAACUCAAUCCAUUUUUAUGAAGUAUUUUAAUUAUUUUAACAUGUUUGUAGAGAAGAAAAGGUUUUUUCAAUUAUGCAAUCAGCUUUUCUAUAGAGAAAAUAAUUGAAUUUUGUGACAUGACACAUUUAAAUUAUUACACAAUUAGUUGUUCCUGUAUUUAAUCCCAUAUAGAAGCAAAACUAUUUUUCUGUACAAUUAGAUCCAAGGAAGCGAAUCUCAAAUUUGAAAACAGAUAUAUAUUUAUAUAUAUGCAUUAAUUAGUAAUUGAAAGGUAAUGAUAGGUUACAAGCUACAAUUUACGUAUAUGUAUAUGUACAUACCGUAUAUGACCAUUUAAGUACGUAUUGUAUUAUUAUAUUAUACAUAUAUGUAUGUACCACAUGAACGAUACAACAGACCACACCACACAGAGUUAGGAAUCUUAGGAUUAGAAUUGCUUAGGAUCACUUACGAUUAUCUGAAGUUUUAAUUAAGUCUGUAUUUGAUACUGGUCAUUUAAUGAUUAGUCUUCUUUAAAAAAUACACACAGUAUUAUGUAGAAAAUAGCGAUCGGAUGAUGUAUAUGGAAAUCAUUACAUAUGUGGAGAAAAGAACGUACAUAUAUCAUAUGUCUAUAAAAUUUGGGGUUAAGUAUGUUUUCUAUUAAUUUGGUAACAUUAGACAGUUACCAAUCAGCUCCGCUGUCUGGAUUAGAUAUAACAUUUUCAGAUUUUCGUGGGACAGAAAUCAAGCAUGUCCCAAUUAUUAGAAUAUUUGGAUCCACUCCGAAGGGGUUAAAAACAUGCCUCCAUAUACAUGGUGUAUUUCCAUAUAUUUAUGUACCAUGUACAAUAGAUAAGAACAUUGAUAAUUUUAUAUACAGAUUAGCUGCAGCAAUGGAUUCUGCAAUUAAUGUAUCUUUGGGAUCAGCAAUGUCUAAAACCCAACAUGUCUAUAAGAUUCACAUAACUUCUGGAAUUCCAUUCUACGGUUAUCACGAGAAGGAACAUUUAUUUUUUAAAAUCUAUUUCUAUAAUCCGUCUAUGAUUAAACGAGCAGCUGAUUUGUUACAAAACGGUGCGAUACUUAAUCAAAAUUUACAACCACAUGAAGCUCAUAUUCCUUUCAUAUUACAAUUUAUGAUAGAUUACAAUCUCUAUGGAAUGAGCUUAAUAAAUUUAAAAGAUGUCAAGUAUAGACAACAUAUAGCAGCAGGAUCCAAGAGCAACUCUCAAAAUGAAACCUGUUUGAACUCUAAUAAUUCCCAGAUCUACCUUCCUUCAUCUGUUAUUAGACAAAGCACAUGUACAUUGGAAGUAGAUGCACGAGCAACUGAAAUACUCAAUAAACAAGAACUUGAAAAUGGUUUAGAUUUGAAUCCUGGUAUUGCAGCAAUAUGGAAUAAUGAAAAGUAUAGAAGAGAUGUCAAAGGUUUACAGCAAGCUGAAUCACAAUUAUUAUAUACAAAUGCGAACAGUAGAGUUUACAGUCCAUCCGAUAAUGAUAUUUAUCAGGAAGAAAGAUUAAUGCGAAGAUUGCAAACUAUUUCCCAGACGGAUAUAACAACAACAUCGGCAACAUUGUCAGCGUUUCGUUACCCAUUGGAAGUUCAAGGUGAAAGUAAUUCUCUUAAUGCCUCGCAUGUGUCGAAUCAUUUUAAACUGAACUUGCUAGAUAAAAAGAAUGAAGAGCAAAUAAUAUUAAGCAAUGAAUCAUUAAAUUUUGAGAAAUUUAAUACAUCGAUACAAACAUUAUCGCAGGACAAAACUAUAGAUGUCAGUGUUUUGGAUAUAGAUGAUGUACACUUAAUUGAAAUGUUAGCCAAUUUAGCAGAAUCAAAUGAAGAAGUUUCUGUUGAUAAUGAUAGCGUGUUAGCUUCUCAGUAUUCUAUGCUGAGUAAUGAAAUUAGAGAAGAUAAUGAAGAUGACGUUGAAGAUCUAAAUAUUACAAGUCUAGAUUUAGAUAGUUCAUGGAAUACAAAUACCAAGACUGUUAGUCAAUUAAGUACAAUUGAUUUUGAAAAUAAGGAGAUUGGAAUUGAAAAUGGAAGAUCUACUAAACUGGAUGAUGAAGAUGUUACUUUGUUGAAUUUUCCACAGUAUGAUGGUUCAAAUGAUUUGAUCUAUAAAAAUGAUAAACAGUUGCAGAUAAAAUCCUCUCAAAAUGAAAAUACAGUAUCGAAAUACAUAAACUGCGUUAAAAUACAGAAACAUGAUGAUUUGUUAGAAAAAACAGUGAUAACGUCUUCUUGUCUUAAUCCCAACGUUGUAUUGAAUGCAAGAAAGAAGUUACGUCAAAUUGUAUUGGAUCAUACUCUUUCACAGUCAAUUGCAUUUAAUUCAAUAUUAUUUCAUGAGAAACAUGGGCGUGAUUGUAGGAAUAUGGAAAGGAAGAUAACAGAAAUUAUUAUGGAAUAUGAACCGGAUCAUCAAGAUUUAGAUGUAUACGAUAUAGAUGAUACGGAUCACGCAUUACUAUUAAUCGAUCAUUCAAAUUUAAUAAACACGAGUGAUCAUAAUGAAUCAUAUUCUAUUGCUCAUAAUCGCUUAAUGGAAGUGGAACUACCAUCGUUCGAUGGUAAUGCAGUUGACAGUUCUAGUGAUUCUGAUCUGGAUUCAGAUAUCACUACCGAUAGAAAAGAGGAACGCAUUUGCAUUUAUAAGUCAUGCACAAAAUUAAAGCAUGAAGAGUGUAUAGUCAAUACUUCACUAAAAAAACGAAAACUAGAGUCUGGAAACUCAAGUUCAGGGUCUCCACAAAUACACUAUCAUACUCCAAUUAAAGCAAGACGUUUGCAAAGUCCAUGUUCUACAAGAAAAUAUUCAGCCCUCAAUAUAACAAUAAUGUCUCCAAAAGCCAAAGAAUCUUUUGGAAAAAUAGAUUCAUUAAAAAACAAACCAUGCAGUACGAAAUCUACAUUUGAUACACCAAAUCAAAACAAAAAUCAAUUGAAAAUGUAUUUAUUACAUGAGGAAAUAUGUAGUUCAUCCUCUGAAGUAGACCAAGACAGUCAUAUCCUGAAUAGUGCUGGAAAUGUUCAGGAGUCUAUUUAUUUAAACCAUGCCGAACAUAAUUCACUAGCGACAAAGCCUACAAAAGAUAUUAUUUUUAGAUGUAACAAAGAUGUUCGUAAACGGCUGAGUUUUCUUGACACAAAUGAUAAAGAAAUUGCAUCUAUGAAAGAUGGUAUCGAUGAAAAUUAUUCUGAACAUUCAUCUUCAGUAGAAAAGAUUAUAAUUAAGUCGCAAACAAUUUAUUCUGCUGCUAGUGUUCCUGCCAUAAAUUUGGUUGAUGACAAGUAUUUUUUAAAAACAUGCACAAAGAAAGAUGAGAAAACAAAUGGCAAAGAUAAUUUCUCAAGUACGAUAAACAUCGAUAAAGAUUUAUGCAAAAGAAGUUUAUCAAAUGAGAUGCUGCAAGAAUACAAUGAAGACGAUAUCGAAGGUGGAGAAAAUAUUUUCAGCAUGAUGUAUACUCAACUCCUUAAUAAAAAAUUAAAUUUGGAGGCAGAGAAUUUGAACCUAUUGUUAUUAGAUUCUGCAUACAAUAUUGCAAGAAACAAACUGACUACAAUCACUACAAAAUUUAGUUCACCAACAAGAGAAAGGAUUAUAAGUACCAUGAAAAUAUAUAACGAUUUCAAAUCGAACGGACCAUUUUUUAGCAAAAAAAUCGACCUCCUAAAGCAGAAGGAAUAUUCAAGAAAAAAUAAUAACAUUGAGGAUGUGAUUUCCUUUAAAUCUAGUCUAGAUAGAGUUACUGGUAUCGAAUUAUGGCGUAGAGUGAAAAUAAAUGAAUUUUAUCCUUCUGGAUUAUAUAUAAAGUCAUGCGACAUAAAGAGAGUUCUAACAGGACAUUGUUCGACAACAAUCCAACCUCUUAUUCGACCACCUACUUCAAGAAGUACUCAAAUUUGGUUGCAAGCUAAAAAGUACUCACUAAAACGAAGUAGUAAAUGUUCUGAAAUAAAGAGGGACUCGGAAACAAAAAAGACAAAUGAACAGGUCAAUACUGAUGCAAAUGAUUUGAUUAAUGAAAAGCCAUUGGCUAAUAUUAAAUGUGUAAAAGAACAAUCGCAAAGCACUGAUACAUCACACCGCUCAAGUGGAUCUAAUGAUAGUAUGAAUCCUUCUUUAAGAGAUAUACUUGAGAAUCCGUUAUUAUAUAAAAAUAAUGACACACAGCAUUUGGGAAUUUCAUAUGGUCAGAUUGAAUAUUCUAUAAAAGGACAUAGUGGUAAUGCUGCAGAUGAAAAUUUUCAAAAUGCCAAAGGACUAUUAGUGCCUCAAUAUUUGACAAUAUUAUCAUUGGAAGUACAUGCGGUAACACGUGGUAAACUUCUUCCUGAUCCAGAACACGAUUCGAUCGGAGCAAUAUUCUAUGCUAUUCACAACGAUAUUCCAUCAUUGUUGGAUACUCAACAAAUAAUACAUGGUGCUAUCGUUGUAAAUUCUUCUAUAAAUGAUUCAAGAAUAAAAACUGUUUAUUCAACCAGUGCGACGUGUCUGACAUCGUAUGUAUCCAGUGAAAAGGAUUUACUGAAUAGCCUGAUAACAUUGCUCAGGCAUUGUGAUCCAGACAUCUUAGUUGGUUGGGAAAUAGAAUCUCAUUCGUGGGGUUACAUUUUACAGCGGGCUAACCACAUAGGUUUUACUACUCUUGCAUGGCAAAUUUCAAGAGUUUCAAAUGCUACUCCAAUUUCGAAAGAUCAAGCAUGGGAUAAAGAUAACUUAAGCGAAGCAAAAAUACCAGGUAGAAUCGUUCUUGAUGUUUGGCGGAUAAUGCGUCAUGAAAUAGCAUUAUUAAAUUACACAUUUGAAAAUGUUAUUUAUCAUGUGCUGCGUGAAAGAAUCUCGUGCCCUACUUUUCAACAUUUGACCGAUUGGUGGAGGCAUAGCAAUGUAACGACACAGUGGAAAGUAAUCUUUCAUUACGUUACAAGGGUUGUUGGUACGCUUAGAAUACUUUUACACCUAGAUAUCAUUGGAAGAACUUGUGAACACGCUCGACUAUUUGGAAUACAAUUUUAUGAAGUUUUUUCUCGAGGGUCCCAGUUUCGUGUUGAGUCGAUGAUGUUGAGACUCGCAAAACCUUUGAAUUAUAUAGCUGUUUCACCAUCUAUGCAACAAAGAGCUAGAAUGCGGGCACCUGAAUCACUACCACUUAUUAUGGAACCACAAUCUAUGUUUUAUACCGAUCCUAUAGUUGUUCUUGAUUUUCAAAGCUUAUAUCCAAGCAUUAUCAUUGCUUAUAAUUAUUGCUUCUCCACAUGUUUGGGUCGUUUAGAACAUGUUGGCCAGCAUGAGCCGUUUGAGUUUGGAGCAACUACAUUGAAAGUAGGGAAAAGAACUAUUGAAAGUUUACAAGGCAAAAUAAAUUUCUCACCAUGUGGCGUAGCUUUUGUAAAACAAGAUGUACGUCUUGGAAUAUUGCCACGUAUGCUCACGGAAAUUCUAAACACACGAUUAAUGGUAAAACAGUCUAUGAAACUCCAUGGAAAUGAGAAUCGUGUACUACAGCGUAUUCUUCAUUCGCAACAAUUGGGACUUAAAUUGAUUGCGAAUGUUACCUAUGGCUAUACAUCUGCUAAUUUUAGUGGAAGAAUGCCAUGCAUAGAAGUUGGAGACAGCGUUGUUAGCAAAGGAAGAGAAACGCUUGAAAGAGCAAUCAAAAUUGUGGAGGCUACACCGAAGUGGGGAGCACAAGUUGUCUAUGGUGAUACAGAUUCGUUAUUCAUUCUUUUACCAGGAAAAUCAAAGGAAGAAGCAUUUACUAUUGGAGCUGAAAUGGCUGAUACAAUUACUGCAGCUAAUCCGCCUCCAGUGAAACUAAAGUUCGAAAAAGUUUUGCAACCAUCGAUAUUACAAACUAAAAAAAGAUAUUGCGGUUACAUGUACGAGUUUCCUGAUCAAAAUGAACCAGAAUUAUUAGCAAAAGGUAUUGAAACUAUUCGUAGAGAUGGUUGUCCAGCAGCAGCAAAAAUACUUGAGAAAACAUUGAAGAUCUUGUUCGAUACCAAGGACCUUUCCUUGUUAAAGCUGUACAUUACCAGACAAUUUGAUAAAAUUCUACGUAGGAAAAUAUCAGUUCAAGAUUUAACUUUCGCGAAAGAAUUUCGUGGUUUACGCGGUUACAAACCUAAUGCAUGCGUACCUGCGUUGGAAUUAACUAGGAGACUAAUGCGUAAAGAUCCUCGAGCAGUGCCUCGUACCGGUGAACGAGUACGUUAUGUUAUAGUAGCAGGUGCACCGAAUCAACCCCUUAUUCAGUGUGUACGAACACCAAUGGAAGUGAUUUCAGAUGAGGGUUUGAGUUCAAAUUCAAUAUACUACAUAACAAAAGUUAUCAUACCGCCUCUUAAUCGUUGUUUGAACCUAAUUGGGGUUGAUGUUAACGCAUGGUACAGGGAAAUGUUCCACAGACAAUCAUCCAACAAAACAGUCGGUUUGUUCAUCGACAAUCAAAAGCAGACGAUACGACAAUUUUUCAGUACAGUUGUAUGCGCUGCUUGCGGAGGACAAACACAGAAUGAUAUUUGUACAAACUGCAUAGAGAAUCCAACUCAAGCGAUAAUUGUUUUACAUGAAAAGCUGAGGUGGCUAGAGCGUACUCAUUCUGAACUAACUACGAUUUGUAAAUCUUGUGUCGGUUAUUUGGAUGAUGUGAAAUGCGAAUCUUUGGACUGUCCGGUUUUGUACCGUUUAGUCCAAGCUAGAAGAGAUCUUGUUCAAAUACCAUAUUUAAACGGUAUUAUUUGUAAUCGUGAUAUUUUUCAUACAGAAGCAAGAAACAUAAAACAGUAAAUUUUCGUUUUCCUUUCUAAAUCAAUUCUAUAUUACUUUAGGUUCAUAAUCACGCUGAAAAUAUUUUUAUAUUACAGAAAAAUAAAGUAUACAUAUAUGUUAGUUGUUUCGUAUGACUAUAUAUGUUCAUUAGCAGAUUUGUAAAUAAAUUAAUAUAAAAGAUAGUUUUAAUAAAUUGCAAAAGAAUAAACAUUUGAGUAGCGUAA